UGGCAGUUUCGGUUUCACUUCAAUUGACCUCGUUGACCUCCAAAAUUCAAUGACGUCAUCGAAGUGGGGGUAUUGUUUAUGCCGCCAUUGAAAUAUAGCUAUAGAACUUUGUAUGUGAUCUGAUUUGAAUAGAUAAUAUAUCACAUGCCGUUCAGGUGUGUGGUGGGAGGGUGCAGCAACGAGCCCCGGGAGGGGAUCUCGUUGUUCAAGUGGCCGAAAGAUGCCAAGAUGGCCCGCUUAUGGGCAAAGUUCGUAGACAGUACGAGAAAAGAUUUCACUCCAAGCGAUCAGACCAGGAUCUGCUCAGCCCAUUUUAAAAGUGAGCAUUUCUCAAUAAACACCACACAAAACAGUAUGCUUUUGUUGAUGGGUGAAAAACCAAAAACUCCAACCUUGAAGAGGGACCAGGCUGUCCCGACCAUUAAGACGCCUAAAGAAAGUCUGCAUGAUAGUCCAAGGUCAUCUAAAGUUGGCGGAGCAUUUGAAAAGAGAGAGAAACUGAGGGAUCGUGAAGAGCUAAGGCGGUUGAUGUCAACAGACAUGACAGAUACAAGUAGUGAAGACGAUCCCUUGCACUCAUCAAGUGCAGUGUUUACCAAAUCAACUGUGGAGUUGGGUUCAAGUGCCUCUUCUACAUGUAUUGCCACCCAAGCAAAUGUGGAGUCAAGAUCCAUCGGGACUUCCAUACACCUAAGCCUAACUACGAGAGUUAAGGGGGUGCAGUGCAACGCUGCUUUCACAAGAAGUCGAGGUUGUCAAACUGAGAGAUAUGAUGGACCAAGUCAACUGCAGCAGUGUACCAGGAGUAGUCAAACUGACUUCGAUGCUCCCGGUCUAUAUGAGGAUGAGGAAUAUGCCGAAAGUGAACUCUCAGACAUGUCAGAUGAUGAUGAUUACAAUGACCCAACAUGGGACCCAGAGAUGGAUGAUUCAGAAUCAGAAGAGUCUGACUCUGACUUUGAGGAAGAUACACAACAGAAAAUGCCAACAUUCCAGUCACAUACGUUUUUUGUUGUUGAGCUGAGUCAACUAUUGAUGCUUUUCACAAUUUGUGUAAACUGUGGAAGAAAGGGGGCAACAGGGAUUGUUCAGAGUGUCCUUGGUACCAUGGUGUCUGUCCAACAAAAGUGCCAAGCUUGUACUUCUCAGUAUCUUUGGACAAGCCAAACAGAUUUCCAUGGAAUCUGUCGGGGGAACAUAAUGUUGUCUGCAAGCAUUCUAUUCUCAGGUUCAUCACCAAGUAAGGCACUACGACAGAUGAAAUUUUGGGGGUUGCACACAUAUUCAAUUGGAUCAUUCUUCUACCAUCAGAAACACUUCUUACAUGGUCCAGCUUCUCAUGUUUUGUCCAAAGAUGUAUCAUUAUCAUUAUGAUGGCAUGAAAAGCAGGUUGUUGUUGAGUGUGCUGCACUAUAACGAGAAUGCUGGAAGAGAAUAUGCAAGGGACAAAGAUGGGAACCUGUAUCUCAACAUGAUUUACCCUAAAGGCCGUCCCCACGAGGCAGUUGUUCGUAAAGUUCGCUGCCAAAUGACUUUCAACUAUGUAGAUGAGCUUGUAGAUGAACUUGGUUCUCUAAUGGACAACCGGGAAUUGGGGAAAAGAUAUGUGAAAGAACUUGCUCGAACUAUCCCAAGGCCACUUAGCCAUGAGGAGCCAGAGCACGAUAAAAUGGAAAUCUAUAAUAAUCAAUUCCCUAGAUACCAGUAGAUAGUUUAUCACAUGAAUCAAAACCAUCCACAAUCUUCAAAUAAGGAUUACAGUACCAACAGAUAAAGAAACAAAUGCCCAAUGCUCUAUUAUUCACAUUUAUUCUGCCUCCUGAAAGCCCACAAACUGAAAUAGUUCUUCAAAUGCCUCUGGUGGAGGGUAGUGUGCACGAAUGCAACAGACUGCGCAAGAUGGUAAAACCAUCCUAACCUUGGGCCCAAGAACCCCCCAUGCUGCCAGGGCAAGUUGCCUAUAAGCAAUGUGCCUCAUCUUUCUGGAGGUUUCACCUUCGAAGCCAUGGGGGUACUGCUUUUUAAAUGUUCUCCAUGCAUUGAUGAGUGUGAGUCUGUUGAUGCAUAGUCCAUGAAACCCUGGGUUCAGGGUAAUGCAUCUUGGUACAGCGAAAACCUCCCCAAGGAGCAUGGCUUGAUGGUUAAGGCCCGUCACCUCUGGGAUUCUGUUGCAACACACAUUUUCCUCUGGACGAUCCAUUGGCUGGCAGUUCCCACAGGUGCACCUGGAAGGAAAAGGAAAUAUUUCGCAAAUUUGAAAAUUCAGUUGGUAUUUGUAAAAAUGGCAGGUGGUGAUAUUUCUCAUGUUAUUGCCUUGUCUAGCAUGGUACAUGUAGUCAUUGGGGCAUGUCAAAAAGUGUUCAAUGUUGUAUAACAUAAAAACUGAAUGUUCAGUUUGUACCGUAGAAGACAUGUAGUGAUUGAUAACCAAUUUUGUCUUAAACACCCUAUGCAGACUGCUAUGCAAAAACAAGCGGUGGGGAUAUCAUGUGCGCAAGGUGCGGAUAUUAACUGUCAUUUUUUGAAUUUGAAUUUGUGUUAUUUCAUUAACUAAGGCAUUUUGGGUACUCAAUUAUAGUCAUCCAUUUGUAGAGGAUACCUAAUAGAAGGGAAAUUUUUUCAAUAGU